UUCCAGCUGGGACGCAAACCCGACAAACCGAGAGAGCAACAGACUCUGUGGAAAGGACUGAGCGCGGAUCUGAGUGCGUGUUUGUGUCCAUGUGUCCGGACUCUGUUUGGAUUCUCCCCGUUCGGGUUUAGACGCACCGUGACCGACAGGAGCCGAGAACUCGAUGGAGGAGCCGUGGAUCCGCUGUCAGCUAUGGGAGAAGUAGUCAGGACGUGGAAGGCGAGCAGAGGCGUCCGACAGGGACAGCGAGACCAGAGCACAGAACUUUAAAACAAUGGAAAAGUGUCCUCCGUGUCCACACCGAUCCUCCAGCACAAGUCCGCCCUGAGGCUGCCGUGGAGCUCAGACGGUCCAAACACUUUGACUACUCAUCAACAGGCUGCAGUCAAUGAGAGCUGUGUCCGUGCACUAACACAUCACACACACACACACACACACACACACACACACACACACACACGGAUCCGGUAUUUGACCAAGCGCUGAUAAACACAGCGAGCCGCACCAUGUGGAGCCCGAGGACGGGGACGUGGAUGUGGCGAGCGGCUCUGUGCUGCAUGCUCCUGGAAACAUGUCUGCACAGUGCCAGAGGUCUCAACAUGUGUAUGAGCGGCAGCGCUACGUCCUGUGAAGAAUGCCUCCUGAUUCACCCCAGUUGCGCCUGGUGCGCACAAGAGGAGUUUGGGAGGGGGCGGUCUCUGACGUCGCGCUGCGAUUUUAGUCAAAACCUGCAGAAGAGGGGCUGUGAGUCACGGUUCAUCGAGUUCCCCACCAGCAGCAUUUCUAUCCUGCGUAACAGGCCCCUGAGUUCUAAAGGGUCCGGGUCGACCCAGUACGAUGUUGUCCAGAUCAUGCCUCAGAAGAUCUCUCUCAGCUUGCGGCCAGGAGACCAGACUUGGUUUGGACUGCAGGUUCGUCAGGUUGAGGACUACCCUGUGGAUCUCUACUACCUGAUGGACCUCUCUCUUUCCAUGAAAGAUGAUCUGCACACCAUCCGUAACUUGGGCACCAAGCUGGCUGAGGAGAUGGGCAAGCUCACCAGCAACUUCAGGCUGGGCUUUGGUACCUUUGUGGACAAAAACAUGUCUCCUUUCUCUUACACAGCACCCAAGUACCAGGAGAAUCCAUGCAAUGGAUACAAACUGUUCCCCAACUGCGUCCCCACCUUCGGCUUCCGCCACAUCCUCUCACUGACAGAUAAAGUGGACCGAUUCAACGAGGAGGUGCAGAAGCAGAUGGUGUCUCGGAACCGGGACGCACCGGAGGGCGGGUUCGACGCCAUCCUGCAGGCAGCGGUUUGUAAGGAGGAGAUCGGUUGGAGGAAGGAGGCAUACCACCUGCUGGUGUUCGCCACGGACGACGUACCUCACCUGGCUCUGGACGGCCGGUUGGGCGGCCUUGUCCAGCCCCACGAUGGACGGUGUCACCUGAAUGACAAGAAUGAGUACAGCGCUUCCACGAAGAUGGACUAUCCGUCUCUGGCUCUUCUGGGGGAGAAACUGGCAGAAAAUAACAUCUUCCUCAUUUUUGCAGUGACAAAACGUCUCUACGUGAUUUAUAAGAAUUUCACUGCGCUCAUACCUGGAACCACAGUAGAAAUCCUGGACCAGGACUCUAAGAAUGUCAUCCAGCUGAUCAUCACAGCUUACAAUAACAUCCGUUCUAAAGUGGAGCUGUCGGUGUGGGAUCACCCAGAGGACAUCAGCCUUUCCUUUACCGCUACCUGCCAGGAUGGACGGCCGCUGCCGGGCCUCAGGAAAUGCGCCGACUUGAUGAUAGGAGACACUGUAUCGUUCAACGUGAGUGUGGAGGCAAGGGGCUGCCCUCCCCGCGGCGCUGACCACAGCUUCACUAUCAAGCCGGUGGGGUUCAAAGACCGCCUGGAGGUGGUUGUCGACUAUCAGUGUGACUGCGGCUGCAGUCGGACGGCACAAACCAACAGCAGCAUCUGUAGUUCUAUAGGUACUUAUAACUGUGGGACUUGCCACUGCGAGCCAGGAUACCUGGGCGCCCGCUGCGAGUGCCAGGAGGGCGAGGCCAGCAGCAUGUACCUGAGCGCCUGCCGGGAAGCCGAGGGCAAGCAGAUCUGCAGCGGGCGAGGAGAGUGCAGCUGCAACCAGUGCCUGUGCUACGAGUCCGAGUUCGGCAAGAUCUACGGCAGCUUCUGCGAGUGCGACGACUUCUCGUGCGCCCGGCACAAAGGCAUCCUCUGCUCAGGUCAUGGAGAGUGUCACUGUGGGGAGUGUAAAUGCCACGCUGGUUACAUUGGCGACAACUGUAACUGCUCCAUGGAGACGUCGUCCUGUAUUUCGGGUGACGGGAGGAUGUGCCACGGGCGUGGAAACUGCGUGUGCGGCCGCUGUCAGUGUACUGAGCCAGGGGCAUUUGGAGACACGUGUGAAAAAUGCCCCACCUGCCCCGACGCCUGUGGCACUAAAAGAGAGUGCAUCGAGUGCCGGCUUUUCAACUCCGGACGGCUCGCAGACAACCAGACCUGCCAGCGCCUGUGCAAAGAUGAAAUCAUCACUGUGGAGACCCUCAAAACAGACGACCCCGGCGCUGUGCUCUGUCUCUACAAGACAGACAACGACUGUGUUAUGAAGUUCACGUAUUCUGAGCACGCCAGCGGAACAUCCAUCCUCACAGCUCUGAAAGAGCCAGAGUGCGGUGGUGGGACGGAUGCUCUCACGGUGCUGCUCGCCGUGGUCGGCAGCAUCCUGCUGGUGGGAGUGGUGCUGCUCGCCGUCUGGAAGUUGGUCAUCACCGUUCACGACCGCCGAGAGUUUGCACGCUUCCAGAGCGCGCGCUCGCGAGCCCGAUACGAGAUGGCCUCCAACCCUCUGUAUAAGCAGCCCGUCUCUACACACUUUGUGGAAACAGAUUUCAACAUGUAUGGGAAGUCUUACAACGGAGGGGUCCACUGAUUCCUCAGCAGAGGGCACGGCAGGACCGGUCCAACAAACAGAUCCCUGGAGGAUGGAGGGGGGUGGGGUGGGGUACAAGGACUUGAACACACUCAUCCCUCUGCACGGGUAACAGACGUGAAACGAACUAGACUGUGUCCGAGAGGAGAAUCUGUGGCCUUUUUAUCUUUACGGAGGAGAUUCAAGCCUACCACAGAGACAGGAUGUGAAUUUAUUUUUUUUUCUUCAUCUGUGUUUCAUCGGCAGCAGCAGCAGCAGGCGGUCGGCGGAGGAGCAACGAAUCAUGAACUCCUUGUUCUGGUUUAGAAAGAGAGAGUAGAGUUAGCUGUGUGUUUGUUUGCAGUUACACAAAAUAAACAGACUCUCUGAUGAAAACCAUAACUCUCCCCACAUAAAACCACACAUCCAUCCUUUGUACAGAGCAGACAGCAGCACACGUCGGCUUAUAUUUGUAUUUUUAUUUUUAUAAACACUAAAAAUGCCUUUUUUAGUCUAAACUAUGCACCCGAAAGAGCUCUGAACAGUUUGAAUAUCACUUUGCAUCAAAUAACAGAAUCAGAUGUACAGGAUUAUUAAAAAGCACAUGUUUCUGAAGGUGCACAUGAAGAUGUUGUGGUACUACUAACAUUUACUAAGCAAUAGACUUCUUACCUUCAGUUUGCACAGAGAAUAUUAAGAGUCAAGUCUCUGAAGAUUUCAAUUUUCUUUUGUGUUGUGUAUGUGUUUGUGUAUGCUCCAGUUGCACUCCCUAUCUUCAUCUUAGUUGCAGGGUACCAACUAACCCCCCUCAGCCUGAGCCCUUAAAGCAGAAGGACGGUGUUAUUAAUGUUUUUGGACAAAUCUCAACAAAAGACCAAAACCAACAAUGUGGAAGUCUUUCAGUCUGUCUCAAUGCUUUCAGACACAAAUAACAUUUGUUUUUGCUGAAGAUAAUUUUUUAAGUCUCUAAAUCUCCUAAAACAGCGGAGUUCUCUGGUUUGUAGCAAACAUUCCUUUGUCAGUUUCAGCUUUAGGAUUUGUUUCUGUUUCCUCUCAUUGUAAAAUGAAGAUCUUUGAAUGUUUGGACAGCUGAUCAGACGAAACAAACAAUCUGUAGACAUUACCUUGCGCAUUAGGAAGCUGUGGGAGGUGUAUUCUCUAAAUGAAUGGAGAAAAUAAUAGGUAGAUUUAACUGUAAUGAAAAUCAUUGCUAUGUGCAACAUGUGGCUCAUUUGUGCGAUUUUGAAACAAAUGGAGCUCUGUACGGAAGCCCGAAGAGGCAAAUAAGAAAAUAUCUGGUGAUCUAUUUUCUCAUUUUCAUCUAAGUCUGAUCUAAAUAUUUUUUUUCUCCUGUAUUUCAUGAACUCAGGACAGGAAAAAAAAAUAUUUUGGCAGCUGUAAAACAUUGUUUUUGUCAGGAUCAUGUUUAUUGAUGUCAUACGUAUUUUGGCCACAAGAGGCUGAUUUGCACCACAACCCCAUGUUCUAAAACUAAAGAGAUCAAGACUAUUAAAGUUUUCUUCCAGGUUUAAUUUCAUGAAUCUUUUUUGUGUUUAGGAUAGAGUAAUUAAAAACCUAUUUUUUAAAAAAUGAACUGUCUAAAAUUGUGUCUAAAAAUGAUUUUUGUAUCUUUUUUUCUUUGGAGGCAGCUUGAUGGUGCAGUGAUUAGCAAAGUUUGCAUAGUGUGUGUUCUCUCGGGUACUCCAUGUAGGGAAACUGGUGACUGUAAAUCGCGUCACAAGUCUGAAUAUGAUCGUGACUGAUCGUUUGUCUCUACGUGUCAGCUCUGUGAUGAAUUGACGUGUGCCCCUCCUCUCGCCCAAUGUCAGUUGGGAUUGGGGCCAUCCCUCUGCCACCCUGAAAAGGAUAACAAAUUAAAAAUGAAUGGGUGAAAUUAAUAAAUAAAUGUUCUUAAGUCAUAAACACAUAAACAAUUUGGAUUAGACUUUAAAAAAUGGUUCAGUAGAAUUUUUUUUUUUUUUUUUUUUUUUUUUUUUUUUCACUUGACUCUGGGCUUCCGUAGCUCCAUGCCUCAGAGGAGUGCGAUAUAUCAAGCUUUGAAUACUCAAAUGUGUGUGUGUUGGAGCGUUCAUUGUUGGUUUUGGUCUUUCGGUUGGAUCUGUCUGCAGUAUAAUGUAUUAUAAUAUGAAAUAUCACCAGAAUUCAGAGAUGACGUCACAUAAUAAACACUGCCUAUCCAGCACUGUGUUCACUGCCUUAACACGUCCUCAUAUGAUAAAGCAGACUUGUCACAGUCUGAUGAUUAGUUUUGGGCAUACUGGCUGCUACAUUAUGAAGUCCCUGUGAUGCUGGGUCCACCCUGUCUGCACAGGGAGAGGGUGGAAACUUUGAGACAUCUCAGAGGAGAAGUGUCCGAUGUCAUAAAUCUCCCAUCGGUGUUCCCACAGGAAGAGGUGGAGUCUGAACUGUCACAGGGAAAUUCGACAGUGAGAAGAUGGGUCGAGCGUGGGCGGUCUGUGGCCUUUUUUAUUCUGUGACGGUCGCAUGGUAAAAGUGGCGUGGGACGUGGAGUUUGUAUGUGCAGGAGUGUGUUUGAGUGAAAAGAGUGUGUGCAGAUAAUCCAUGGGUUUGUAUGCUCAUACGGUGCCAAAUGAAAUGAAAUGUUUUCAGUUGGGGAGUUUUGACUUUGCUUGGCUGCGUGUCUCGGCACAGUUUAUUAAACUCUCAUACCCCACACGUCUAUUUAGCUCACACAUAAAUCUCUAGCAUAAAAAGUUCUUUCUGUACAGUUUUCACAUGGACCAACAGUCCACAGAUGGACUCACACCACUACAUGUUUAUGUAACGCUGCACACACAGCAAGAACAAUAAAUUUGCUUAUGUCAAAAGCC